CAUUUCUACAGUAAAUGGUGGCAAGGAGCUGAAAUAUCCCAGGAUCUCUGAGAAUGAGGAUUGUUGGGUAUGCGGCUCUCCUGGCGCUGUGCUCGGUAUCGGCGUGCGUCUGCGGCGCGGUGCGGGAAGGGAGGUCUACUUAUCUGCUCAGCAGAUCCUCCAGAAGUGCGGACUCCCCCGCCCCCGUGGACUGCCGGCUCGGUCCGUGGUCAGACUGGACUCAGUGCUUUCCAUGCCAAGGUAGCAAACAGCGGUACCGGAACCUGGAUCAGCCCGCCAAGUAUGGAGGAGGGAUCUGCGUGGGCGUUCCCUGGGAAUCGAUCAUCUGCCAGUCCUCGCAGAAAUGCGUUCCAGGCAACCAAUGCGGCAAAGACUUCCGCUGUGAAGAGACCGGUCGGUGUAUAAAGAGAGAGCUUGUGUGCAACGGUGAGUCUGACUGCCGGGACGAGUCCGAUGAGAAAGACUGUGGGGAACAGGAACGCGAAAGCUUCUGCAAAGAUCUUUACCCGAUUCCUGGUGCGGAGCGAGCCACCAAAGGGUUCAACAUUCUGACUCAAGAGGAGGCUCAGCAGGUUCUGGAUCCCAAUUAUUUUGAUGGCCAGUGUGAAUACGUCUAUAAUGGAGACUGGAGGGAGCUGAGAUAUGACCCGACCUGUGAGGAGAUGUACUACGCCACUGAUGAGAAGUAUUUCAGAAAACCCUACAACUAUCAUCUCUACCAAUUCAUGACUCGAGGCAACAGCGACAUGUCCUUUGAGCUCUACGAGGAUGCUAAAGCUGUCCUUAGGGCCACUAAUCGAGAAAGUUCUUCCGGUGGUGGAUUCACCUUCAGCAUUCGCCCGAGUGGAUCGCCGGCUGGUUUUACCUUCGGUCUCAAUUCCGACAGUAAAAGCGCCUUCAGGAGCAAUAUAUCGUCUUAUACAGGAAAGAAUCUGGAGUUUGCGCGAAUCGUCACUAAAGUGGAGACUGCUCGGUUCCGGAUGAGGAGAACUUCUCUGGUGUUGGAUGAGGACAUGCUGGUGGCCUUAAUGGAGCUUCCUGACACCUACAACUACGGGCCGUACGCCCGAUUCAUAAACGAUUACGGCACGCAUUUCGUCACCGCUGGCACUGUGGGCGGCACCCUGGACAAUAUCCUGGUACUCGAUAAGGAAGUGAUGAAGAAAAAUGAAUUAACCUUUACAAUGGUUGAGAACUGUUUUGGUGGGAAUGUGGGGGUCAGUCUGAGUGAUCCCGACACCCCAGGAAUCGAAGGAUUUGUUGGUUUCAAGGGCAAGACAUGCAAGAAAGUUGAAAAGCAAUUAGCAAGUGAGAAAGGAACAGAAAGUGCAAUAAAAGACGUCCUCACGCUGGUGGUGGGCGGAGACACGGGAUCAGCCGGGGGAUUAUCAAACUUGUUCGAUGGGACCACGUUUCGUUACUGGGGCCGUUCCCUGAAAUACAACCCGGCCGUCAUCGACUAUGAGCUGCUGCCCAUACAUGAAGGCCUGAAAUCCACGGACCUUUCGGGCAUUGAGGCAAAGAGACAGAAUCUGAAGAGGGCCUACGACGAGUUCCUGAGCGAGUUCCACUCCUGCCGCUGCGGCCCCUGUGAGAACAACGGGGAGCCCAUUCUGAAUAACAACCAAUGCUCCUGUCAGUGCCCUGCAGGAUACGACGGGCCAGCGUGUGAGCGCACACAGCGUUCAGGCACCAAAGCAAAUGGUAACUGGGGGUGCUGGUCGUCCUGGUCCAACUGCCAAUCUGGAACUCGCCAGAGGUCGAGGCUGUGCAAUAAUCCACCUCCUAAAAAUGGCGGCACCUCGUGUCUCGGGAAGAGCGCCCAAAGCCAGUCCUGUUAAGUUUGUGUUAUCUCUCCAGCACAUCUGUAACAAUCUGUCAUUCGAUCCUAAACCAAAAUAAAGAUGUAAAUAUGA